GCCGGGGACUCCAGAAAUGGAAGCGGCCCCGGGAGGCGGAAGACCCGCGCCAGCCCAGCAGCCAGUAUAUAAAUGGGGGCUGCAGGUUGGGGGAGCCCAACUGCACCUUACUAAACGCGAGGAGCCUGAGCCCGGACCCCUAGCUGCCGCUCCAGGAGGGAAUCCCCAGAGCCCCCAAGCCUCACAGCCUGGCAGAUCUCGAUUCCCCAAAGCCCAAAGCUGGGAGGCAGGAUCCCUCCGACCGCAGGGUACCUGUAGGGAGCCCGGAUCGGCAUUCCCCUACCUCCCAGAGGCAGUGUCCCCAGGGCCCCUUGUGUGCGUUUCCCCAUCCUUGAAGCCCGGGCCCCUGUUCCGCCAUGCUGAACAUGAGCGAAUUCUGCCCAGAAGCGCUUUUCGCCAAGUACCCCGAGGGAUGCGUUGAGACCAGCCAGGAGACUUUGCGACCAGGGAGAGACCCCUCCCUCGCUGGCUUCCCGGGAGGUGACUUCCUGAGCUCUGCGCUAAGUGGCGCCUGUGACACCUCAGAUUAUUUCUUUCUAGAGGGUCCCUCUCCCUCACCCCAGCCGGGUCUCAGUUACACUGGCAGCUUCUUCAUCCAGGCCAUUCCUGAGCACCCACACGACCAGGAGGCACUGUUCAACCUCAUGUCGGGGAUUCUUGGUCUGGCUCCUUUCCCUGGGCCGGACGGGGCGGUCCCUCGGGCUCCGCUGGACGCCCUGUACGCUACUAGUCCUGACACCUCGUUGCCUGGGCCCUUGGACCUCUUCCCGGCUGACCUGGGCUCCGCCACCUCCUUUCCGGAGACUCCCUGGGAGACCUCGCCGACUGCGGGCACCUCCCCGCAGUGCCUCUACGAGCCCCAGCCGUCCCCACCCGACGUAAAGCCGGGCCUCCGAGCCCCUCCAGUCUCGCCUGCCCUGGACGCCGCUUCGACCUUCAAAGCCCCCUAUGGGCCUUGGGACCUCUUGUCGGCAGGCGCUCCUAGCUAUCUGCCCCAGGGAAGUUACCAGCCUAGCCCCGAGGCUGGCUUCCCCCCGCUGGGCUCCAAGAUCGAAGAUCUGCUGCAAAUCAGCUGUCCCGCGGACCUUCCUGGCCCGGCCAACCGAAUUUACGGCGGCACCUACGAUGCUUUCUCCCUGUCCACCUCCAGUCAGCUGCCCUCGGGCGAUUUUGGGGAAGGGGGCGAGAGCCUAGAGCCCGGGCUCAGCCUGAGCCCCCCAGGGGAGGGCGGCGGCGGCGGGGACCUCCUAGGCCGGGCCCAAACUUCCCCACUCAGCCUCACCCUCCCCGGCCCAGCCUCAGACUUCUCGGUAGUGCCACCAACUACAAAUGAUUUCCCCGGGGCUGAGCAGCUCCCAGCACCGACGGCAGCCCAGGCGCAAUCGCAGCCGCCGCAGCCGCCACAGGCUGAACCUAAGCGUAAGGGACGGCGGGGCGGCAAGUGCAGUCCUCGCUGUUUUUGUCCUCGGCCCCAUGCCAAGGCCUUCGCCUGCCCGGUGGAGAGCUGCGUCCGCAGCUUCGCCCGCUCAGACGAGCUAAACCGCCACCUGCGCAUCCACACGGGCCACAAGCCUUUCCAGUGCCGGAUUUGCCUGCGCAACUUCAGCCGCAGUGACCACCUCACCACGCACGUGCGCACCCACACGGGUGAGAAGCCCUUCGCCUGCGAUGUGUGCGGCCGUCGCUUCGCGCGCAGCGACGAGAAGAAACGUCACGGCAAGGUGCACCUGAAGCAGAAGGCCCGGGCCGAGGAGAGACUCAAGGGGCUGGGCUUUUACGCUCUGGGCCUCUCCUUCGCAGCCCUCUAGGCUCUUGUUCAGUUCUCCCUGCAGCGGGUCUGCGCCACGAACAGAGAAAGCCUACUGUCGGCACUGAUGUCAGAGGGACAAACCCUCGACUAGCUUCGUCCUCAUUCGUCACCCUUUGAGCUGGGGACCAGCACCCCAAGGAUCCUCCAAUCCCAUUCCUCUAAUGGGUCCCGCCAUCCCCUCUCCCCACCCCAAUCCCGUCUCCCUACUGCCACUCCGGAUCAACGCCAGGGGGCGAUCUUGGUUUUGCUCGGCUUUGCCCGAGGGUCGCCACAAGUUGGUUUCAGCGAGUGUGCCCAGCCAAGCCUGGAAGGUUAGCUGUUCAGCACCACGCCCGAGGACAGCUCCUCCGGAGCUCCUGGCCCAGGGAGCCCUAUCUCUCCUAUCAGGCACUUUCUUUAUUUACACAGACUCAGGACACGGACGAUUGUCUUUUCUACUCUGGGUCCCGACACCCCUCACCCCGCGCCCAGACGCGGGGGGGAGGACGGAGGUAUAACCCUCGAUCCAGCCCACUGGACGGGGUAGGGAGGGCGUUUCUUUGUACAGAUCUGUCUGAGCGACCAUCGGGUACAGCGUUCGGUUUUCUGGUUAUUUAUUUAUCGAUUUUGUAAAGCAGAUGCUGCUCUCAGGCAGGUGAUAAAGCUGUGUUUAUUUUUGCAAUUAAAGCGUUUGUGAAAAAAAAAAAGAAAAAGGUCCGGUCGCUAGCUUCCUUCAGUUUGCUGCAACUUGCCGCCCUCCCCCCCACUCGUUACUAUGAGACCCCUGGUCUGUCUCUGCCCAAUAGAGGGGAACCUUUGAUCUAGUAGGAAGACUACCUGAGAACUCCUUCCCUCAAGGAGAAUCUGGUCUGAAGGAAAGAGACUCAGCCUUUGCCCUCAAAGAGCCUGGUUUGAUAAGGGUCUUGAGGAUGGCCUUUGGCUCUUCAGAAACUCAUCUGAUGGGGACAGUGACACACACAGAGAGAGAAUCAGGUACAUACCAUAGCAGCUCACAGGACUGUUGUGAGGAUCAGAUGAAAUGUGUAAGUAAUAAAAAAAACUUAGCAGCAAUUAAUAUGUAACUUACCUUGGACCAACCUGUUGGGAAAUGGGUAGAAUCUGCUCCUGGAGGAAUUGGAUCCCAGAUAUCUAUCCCUCUACACAUAUCAGAAUGACAUGCAUGGGACAAUAUGGCCUAGAGCCUAGAUUGCCAGACUUCAGAGGCAGGACUUAUGUGCAAAUCUUACCCAGGAAUUAGCUUUGUGAUUCUAGGCAAGCCAUUCAAUGUCUCUGAACCUCAAUUUCCCUACCAGCAAAAGGAAACUAGUAAUAGCAUCUACUCACAAAGUUAGUGUGAAGAUUAAAUGAGAUAUUAUACUGUACAUAAAACAAUGUGCAAACCUUAACUCGAACUAUAAAUUGUCAGCCAUUGUUAUUGUUAUAUAAUAUCACAUCCAGUCAGAAUGGUAGAAGAAAGGAGUACUUUGGGAAUGAUUGGAGCAGCAUGACAUCAUAGGGUGGAGUUAGUCUGGGAAGGUUUCCAAAAGGAGGUGAGUGGUGGAGUUGAGUUUGGAAGGAAUCCAAAGAUAAAAUUUGGUAGCAGAGAACCAAGAAAAGCUGGUUUCCAAAAUCAUGCCAGGGCAAUUGGACACAAUGAUAAUAAUAUACACUAAAUUUAGUCUUUGACAUAGCCUUGCUGUGUGUGUCAAAGAAUCACAGGCUCUGGAAAUGAUAUAAAAUAAAUCCUUCAUUUUACAGAUAAUGAAAUACACAUAUUUCUAUUACAUGUAAUGAUGACAAUCAGAACUCAUUUGUAUAGCACCUGACCAUUUACAAAGUUCUUUCCUAAAUUCCAGUGGGUAAACAUAUUCUUAACCCCAUUUUACAGAUCUAGAAGUGUGCCUGAGGUAUAUCAUAGCUAUAUAUAUAUAUAUAUAUAUGCAUGACAUAUAAAAGCAUGAUAUAUAAUAUGUACAUAUAUACACAUGCACAAAUACUUUAUAAUAUAUAAAGAUAAAAAUGGUUCUGAUAUCUAGUUGCUUAUUAUUAAGGAGAUCCCAGCUUCUAUGCUCCUGAGACCUUUUCACCCAGUAGUUCGAUUGUGAUGCUGAUAGGUGACAGCCUAUAUGGGGCUUUUAAGAUUUGCAAAGCAGGAGAAGUGUAGAGUUUUGUAAUAGGUUCUGAGUUUUGAAUCAAAUAAGGAUCAACUAUCAAAUCUGCAACUUAUUUCUUAGUGUUACGUUGGCUUCCCCAUCUGUAAAAUGGGGGCAAUAAUUCUGAGUUGCUUGUCUCACAAAGUUGUAGGGGAAAUACUUUCUCAACUGAAAAGUGCUAUAUAAAUCUGCAUGUGUAAUUUUUAAGAAUAGGGGAUGGAAAGACUAUACCUGUGAUUCCAUGGCUAUAAGGAACUCUCAGGUGAGGAAAAUCCCUCCACCAAUGCAGGUUGGCACUUCUCUACAAUGUAAAGUCUUAGAGAGUUGUUCAUAGUCAGUAUGUAUUAUGGACAGGAUUUGAACCCAGGUCCUCCUGGCUUCAAGUCUCUCUAUAAACUAGACCAAUACUGCUGUUAUUGUUGUCAUUAUAAAUUUGUCCUCUGUGAAAAUGAAGGGAUUGGAUUAUGACUUCAAAAAUCUCUGCCACCUUGUGAGACAGGUGAGAUCCUCAUCACUGGGAAAGGCAGACCACAGAAAUGGGGCACAGGUUUGAGAUACACUCUGAACCUCAUUUUCAAAGGAUUCCACUAAUAAUGGUUUUAAUGGAGGAAGCUGCUCUUCCUCCAGGUUUUAAAUUCAACAGCCUUGCUGGAAUACAAACAGUUGCUUAACAUGCCUGUGGUUCAGGGGAGGCUACUCCCACAAAUAGGAAGGGGCCCCCUCCCCAGCUCUGCUUAAACAACCUUCAUAAACUUAGGAGUUCUUGCUAUUUUCCUCUAUUCUGGUGCCAAACCUAAAACUAACCUACACACACACACUUUCCCCAACAGCCACUAAUGGGAAUUAAUAGCUCACAUUUAUAUCAUACUUAAAGGUGAUUUCCUCACAACAAUCCUGUGAAGAAAAGUCGUGUGAAUAUUAUUCUCAUUUUACAGAUGAAGCAAUUGAAGAAACUGAUUUGCCCAAAACUACAGCUAAGUAAUGUUUAGAACCAGACGCCAAUCAGGGUCUUAUGUCUCUAAAACCAGUGCUCCCUCCACUUUACCAGGCUGCCUCAGGCCUUUUGAACUCUAAAGUUACAGACAAUCUGUCUAUCAUCAGAGACUAAUUUCCAUGAUAUGACAACCUCUUAAUAUUCAAGUGAGGGGGCCGCUAGGUGGCACAGUGGAUAAAGCACCGGCCCUGGAUUCAGGAGGACCUGAGUUCAAAUCCAGCCUCAGACACUUGACACUUACUAGCUGUGUGACCCUGGGCAAGUCACUUAACCCCCAUAGCCCUGCCAAAAAAUAAAAAUAAAAAAAUAUUCAAGUGAACUGGAUUCUUGGCCCCUUCUUCUGAUGCACCCUAUGUUCUCUCACUUCUGGUGACACAUGUGUUUACCAAAUAAAGGACACGAACAACCAGAGUCUAGAGAUGCUCCUGGUUGGUCCCCUAGUCACCAUGACAAAGAUACUGUGCCAAAGAGGAUUGGUUGCUGAGCUGAGGCCACCACUUGAUUUCUCUUCCCCCAUUUUCCAAAGUGUGGUUUGGAACUCCAUUAUCUUUCAUGGACUCCUAGCAAGGAUAUAAGAGGAUUUCCUUCCC